UCUCUCUCUCUCUCUCUCUCUCUCUCUCUCUCUCUCUCUCUCUCUCUCUCUCUGACUCUCUUUCUGCCUUCUCCUUCCCUCCUCCGCGGGAAUGAAGUGCUGAGAGACUCGUGGAAAUAAAGACCCACUUGGAAAAAGUCUCUGAUUCAGCCGAAACUUUCUACUUACGACGCAGGGAACCAAAGACCGACCUCGUGUCUCAAAGGGAACUGAGCGCCGGCCUUCUAUAGCAAGCCAAGUCGUCAUCAACCUUGAGCUCACGGCACGGAACACUAAACCAGUAAGAGACAAGGCCAGGCAAGCGAUCGGCGGCGCAAACACAGGUGGUAAUGGGAGUCACAGCGCUCCAAUGUAACCUGAGAACACUGUGAUCACUGAGACGCCACACCCUCCACACCUUCCCCUCCUUCCGCCACGCCCUCAGGAGAGAAAGGGUAAAAAGGGAGAGGGGGAAUUUUUUGUACAAUCACCAAGAGAGACGUGUCAGAAUUCCACGGAUUUUCUUCACUUCUUCACUCAUCCCCGCCCGUCACCGCCGCCCCAGCCAUGAAGAUCCGCGUUCUGCUGCUGCUCCUGGGUCUGCUGGCUGGCGGUCACGUGCGUCCCUGCGCCUCAGCAGACGGCGCCGUGGACUCUCUGCCUCGCUUCCUGUCACCCAUCGAGAACGUGACAGUGUCGGUGGGGCGUGACGCGCGGCUCUCCUGUGUGGUGGAGAACCUCGACAACUACAAGGUGGCGUGGAUUUACAAAGGCACUGGGGGUCGCACAGUGCUCACCGUGGCUACGCAAGUCAUCACCAAGAAUCCUCGCAUCUCAGCAGCGCAGGAGGCCCAGGCGUGGGUGCUGACGGUCACCAAGCUCACCAGGAAGGACCAGGGCGUGUACAUGUGCCAAGUGAACACGAAGCCCGUCAGGAAGCAGCUGGGCUUUAUCCGUGUCGUGGUUCCCCCGACGAUAGACGACUUGACGAGCAGCAAGGACGAGACCACGGAGGAGGGUGGCAAUGUAUCCUUCACCUGUGCCGCGAGAGGAGACCCGCAGCCCGUCAUUCGCUGGAUCAGGGAGGGUGGACUCAAGUUUACUGUCAACUCCAUGUCAGCAGUAGAGGAGCACCUGGGCAGGAAACUCACGCUGCACGCCGUCCAGAGAAACAGCAGCGGCGCCUACCUGUGCAUCGCCUCCAACGGUGUGCCGCCCUCUGUCAGCAAGCGCAUCAUGCUGUCCGUUAACUUUCCCCCGCAAAUGGUCCUGGACGGAGGGCGCGAGGCUACAGAGCUUGGCGUGGUGAUGGAGAGCGAAGUGCAGCUGAGGUGUCGGUUCAUGGUGCGCCCUUUCGGUAAGGUGUCUUGGUACCUGGGGCCACGUGGACGCCGCCUAGCAGACCCCGGCUCCAUCCACACCACAGUUGACGAGCCUGACUCAGGGCUGUGGACUUCCGUGCUGACCGUGAGGGUUCGGCGGGCACAGGACUUGGGUCAGUACCGGUGUGUGGUGAGCAACUCUCUGGGCAUGGAGGAAACAGUCUUCUAUCUCCACGAGAUCACCACCACCACCACCACAACCACCACCACCACUACUACCACCACCAGCACCACCACCACUAGCACCACCACCACCGCACCCGCACGGCUGCCUCCUUCAAUGGCUUCCACCACUGGACCACUCAACCAAGACUCCUCCCGCCACGGACGGUGGAAGAUUUGGGGUGAGACGACCACGUCCCCACUCUCCUCGGAGGACUUCCCCGGGCGGGAGUACAACGACAUCCUAAGAGGGGAAGGCGGCAGCGGCGUAGGAGGCGGAGGAGGAGGAGCAACCGACGACAAGCAGCGCAAAAACCCUCUUAGAUACUUUGACCUGCCCACCUCGGCCGCCCCUCCCACAGGCCGCUCCUCCCCUCCCCUGGCAACGCUGGAGGUGCUCUACUCGGAGCUUCUCGUUUGCACCCUCGCCCUAGUCUUCGUUCUGGGCACGUCCUAAGAGCACACACACACACACACACACACACACACACACACACACACACACACACACACACACACACACACACACACACACACACACAUGGACUGCUUCUCUUCCUUUCUUCCUUUUUUCUCCACCAUCUAAAUUCCAAAAACCUACUUAGCACUUGAUAGCAUCCUGCACCUCCUCUUUUUUUCUUCUUCCCAUCAGCCUCUUCCCUUCCUCCCUUCCUUCCUUCAUCACUCUCCAAGCAGUAUGGGAGCCUUCUUUCUUGGCCUCUUUCUCCUUUGCUCCAUCUCGUCUAGACAGAGCAAGGCUGAUGAUCCCCCUGCGAUGAGAGGCGCCCACUCAUCCACUGGAGCGCCGAAAAGAGGAUCCACUCGCCUACACACGGAAAGUCUGUGAAUCAAUGUGAGAUCUUCCCAGCCUUGACUGACUGACUGAAUUGAGAUAUGUUACACGUAUAUAUAUUCUCUCUCUCUCUCUCUCUCUCUCUCUCUCUCUCUCUCUCUCUCUCUCUCUCUCUCUGAAAAGUUCUCGCUCAAUGGAAUCCGAAGCAAACAGGGGCAGUACUCCUUCCACUCUCUCUCACACACACACACACACACACACACACACACACACACACACACACACACACACACACACACACACACACACACACACACACAGCCGGCUCCUCAGCAAACACCACUUUCCUCUUAUCCACCCACACACACCCACCCACCCACACACACACACACACACACACACACACACACAAUGGUUAAUACGGAUUAGUCUGUCCGUAACUUGUCCUAAGUAUGGAGAAGUUUGGUUUUUGGAGUGAGAGGAAGAAAUAUAAGUAUAUGUAUGUUUUCUUUUUAAUAGAGUAUACCAGAAAUUCACGUCUCCUCGGCAAAGAAUCUCGAAUGACGACGAAGCUGAGUGUAAAUAAGUAACUUUCCUCCUUUUUCCUUCUGCUCCUUUUCCUCCUCCUCCUCCUCCUACUCCUCCUCUUCCUCCUCCUGCAUCUUGACAGAGGGACAGAGGUCGGUCAGUGACGUAACUCUGCCAAGAAAGAGAAGGCUGGUGUACAUACGUAUAUACUGUAUAUCCUAAGCUCCCUGUCGCAAGAUGAGCCGUCAGUAGCGGUUGCCAAAGCUCACUGGUGUACAUAGUAGCGGCGUGAACGGCUUCGUGGUGCUGCAGUGUGCGGUAGAUAGAGUGUUCCGCGUCAUACAUAUCACUUUGAAGCGGUGGUGUCCGGUGGGUGGCCGCGGCUUGCUCUGCUCCCUCCUCCAUCCAACCCUGAGUUCCCUCCCGCCUCUCCCUCCCUUUCCCAGCUCCCCGCCUCCACCCACGCGCCUCACUCCGUGCUAGCUGACCAAGAUUCAUAGUCCAUCCAGUUAGUGUUGCUAUAUUUCUAAAUUUGUACCAAAGUGGUUUGGCUGGUACGUACGCGCCAAGGUAAAAACCACGGCCACACCUGUCACGGAGAUGCAGCGGCUUGCCAUGGUGCCGCGGCCCUAACGUGUGGAGAGGCCUGCAGGGAGUCGCUGCCUGACGCAUGACAUGACAAUACACACCCUCGCUUCUGCCCGACAUUGGUUUAUUUGUGUGUGUGUGUGUGUGUGUGUGUGUGUGUGUGUGUAAGCCAUCACACUUAGCAAACUAAAGUCAAACGUAGUGAUUCUGGACAGUUUCUUACCUCGCACGUGACAGGGCCGAGUUGAGAGACAGCCGACAAGUGACAUCUCCAAUGUUUAUUUAGCUGUCUAAUGGAAGUAAAUGAAAAUAUGAUUUAUAAUUAUGCGAGUCAUAAUAUUCAAUCUCUUUCAUAUUAUCAGUUUUUAUCUCAAUUUAUUAUUGAUUAUAUUCCAAGCAAGACAAUUAUAUGUGUCAACCCAUGAGAGGCACGUAUACACUUAAAUGCUGCACACAAAGAUGCAAGUAUCGCAGCCUGGAACGCCAGUUUGUAGUCUGAGUAACACGACGGAGCGCCGCGUUAUCCAGCCAGCCUGCCAGAGGUCAUCAGUGACAGGAAACUCACGUCAGAAGCCUCGCCCUUUGUUGCUUGUAGUUUAAACAUGAUAUUCUGAUUCCUUUGCCAUUGCUGAAGAAAUAAUGUGGUGUACUGUUCUUGAUGUUUCGCCUCAAAUAUUUGAUACUUUUGUGAAGCAAAUAUUUGAAAAUUAAUGUACUUUGAUGUGAUUCUGAAAGGCUGAUGCUACUGACAGGUGCCAUUAAGGUCAUGAACACAUUCCGCGUGCGGGAUUUGAAUGAUUUGUAGAUUUGAAAAUAAAAUAAAAGCAUGCAUAGACUCAGAAAGAUCACAGAUAACAUUCAAUAAUUAGUUACUCAUCUCCCGGUGCGAAAAUUUUUACUGCAAAUGAUGAGAGAAAAUUCUGUGACUGGUAACAACAACUCAGUGUUCUGACAAUGCUCGUCAAAACAAAAAAAAAUCUUUCAGAGGAACAACGUGGAGUUAUUGACUUCAUGUCAUAACCUUGUUGUCCCAGGGCGAGACAUGUUCUCAGCGUGGUGUUCAGCACCAGUCAUUCUCGUUAGUACUAAGCAGUAAUGACACUUCCGUCGCGAUUUCUUAACAAUGCAGGUAAAAAUUUUAAUUAUCGUACAGUGAGUAGUGUUGAUUUGGUGUAAAGAUAACUUUAGUGACCGACAGUUACAGUGAUAUUGAUGAUGGCAGGAACUAAAAGGAAAACACGGAAAUCUUUCACUGCAUUGGCUUGGAAUUGUGAGUCUGACUUAACCUUUAGUUAUCUCAUUCCCUCGUGGUCUUGAGAGGCGUCGCCUCGCACAGCACUUCGUCCACUGGGAACACGACCUCUUCCAACGUUUGGGUUCAGAAUUACAGGUUCAUGGUAUUGGUAUUUGAUUUUAAUGACGGCUGAUGGCUGUGAAGGUAGAAUGCUUCAUGCUGCAGGCUAAAUAAGUGAAGCUAAAGCUUAUAUUUCAAGCAGCAAAGGAAUACGAAUCUAGAAUGUUUGUGUCAGUCAGUGAGCACCAGAGCGGGAUGGGCUGGAAAUGACCUUUAACAAAAUAAUCAAACACAGAAUGUAUCAUCUCACAAGCUGAGCCUGUACUCGUCACAAGGGACAGGUGUCCAUAACGCCAAUAAACCAUGACAGUGGUAAAUCAAAACACUUCACUAACAGGAAGUUCUCAGUAUCACAAAGGUUUGGACACGCUCAUCCGCUGCUGGUCACCAUAGAUGUGUAUAGUGCGUACUUCAAUACCGAAUACUGAAUACAGACUGUUUUUCUCAGCUGCUACUAAACAGGUGUGGAAGGUGGACUGUUAUAUGAAAAGUAAAUAAACAAGUAAACAAAGAUAAAGCAGUUAGUUUAUUGGAUCACUUAUUAUUCGUCAAAAAUAAGAAAUUUAAGAUUGAUGAUGAGUGUUAUGAAAUGAUAUAAAAAAAACAAGACUGUGUAGAAUCAACUUAUUUGCUUGGCUUUCAUAUAUCAUGUCAUUGUAACAGACCUUUGCUUUCUUUAAUUGAAAAAAAAAAGACGGGAGCUGACGUGAGGCGCGCAGCAAACGGACAGCCGUGCGUGGUGAAUGGAGGCGCUGGCUCAAGAAAAGCAUGACAAUAAUAGUUUUGCUUUCCUGAAAACAAUUAACCUUUAUUACACAUUCCUGAUAGUUGCAAUACUUAAUUAAUUACUUUAACUGUGCAACAUGAACACUAGAUACAUAACUUUUAACCUCCUCAGUACCAUAUGACAAUAACAGUUUUGCUUACCUGAAAACAAUUAACCUUUAUUACACAUUCCUGAUGGUUGCAAUACUUAAUGAAUUACUUUUAACCUCCUCAGUACCAUGACGCGUUUCCAUACUCAUUCUGCUUACUAUUUUGUGAUUCUGUACAGCUUCAGAUACUCAUGUGGGAGAUUAAAAUAGUGAAGACUGUGGCCAUUAAUCUUCUGACCUCCAUAGACCCUUCCUAAUGUCAACAAAAUCGUCUAAUCGUACACAAAUCUCAAUGUAAAAAUGUGUCCCAGUACUGAAAGGGUUAGUACUUUAUUUCCUGAACACAAAAUUAAUGAGCGUCGUAUGCGAAUUACACUCAUCACAACUUGCGGACAUCAAGACAGACAGACCGUUGACUUCUGCAGGCAGCGGCGAACACGAAGUACCAGCUACGAAGCAAGAAUGUUUUCCUAUCCCCUUUCCUUCGUUAAGUUCAAUUUGGGUUGAGUUGCUGAGCUGUGCGUCUCCUGCUGUGAGUUUUAGACGCUCAAGACAACCCGCAGAAGGAGACUCCACACGGGGACAGCGAGGCGGAGUCAGAGAAAUUAGCCUGUAUUCUGAACCGCUUUGCUCUCUCACCACCGCUGCUUUCCAAAGGCUCUAGCUGAAGAUACGCGUGUUUUAAGAGUUUUUUUUUUAUGGUUCUGGUGAUAUAUUGACAAGAUUUCUAGUUUAUUAAAAUGAGAAACUGUCUUGAAAACCCGGUUAGUUGUCUCUGUGGCCUUGGAAAAUUGUAGUAGUGAGAAGGGAAGGCGUUUCUGAAUUUGGGCGAAAGAGACACACCAACGCUCGCAUGAUUAAAGGUGUGCCGCUUUUGUGUUCCAUAUUAUCGCAUCUGUUAUUCCUUAUCUGACUGACUACUAUAGCUACCACAAGGAAGAUUUAUCGUAUUCAUAUACAUAAUAUAUACACGAACGAGUAUAUAUGAUAUUCCUAGACUGUUGUAUAUAUGUGUGUCCUCAUCGUAGUGUGUAUACUAUUUAUCUAAGUGUCACCUCGACCCAAAGACUAUAAAAAAAGAGUGUGAAGGUCCUGUACUACCCGGGGAACCUGCACGGCAGAGGGAGGCAGGGGGGGGAUGGUCCUAACACACACACACACACACACAGCAUAAGAGCCUCGUAAUAAUCAUACACGUUCAAGAUUCAUUAUUAUAAGUUAGCCCAAGGACACAAAGAACGGCUGACGUUUCUCCUGCUCCUCAGUGGCGGCGGCGGCGGUGGUAGCAGUAGUGCCUGACGGGGGAGUUAUGACCGCCAUUACCGCCGCCUCCCAGGACGGCCGCCAUAAGCCAUUACCGACCCCACGUUGCCCCCACAUCGAUAAUUCCCAUAAUUCCCCACAUCGCUGUUGUUAAAAUGUCUCCCUGAUUCCUCUUCUCUCCUCAUCGGUUGUUAUACUGAAGACCCGUUGUUUAUUUGUUCUCCCAAGCCGUGUGUCAAUGUCCAUAUUCAGAAACACGUCAGCGAUGCACCUCCAUUUCAAAAGGCUCAUGUUCAAGUGAUGCAAAUUUUCCAGGGUGUUUUCAUGGUUUCAGUGACAAUUGGACAAGUUUACUUCAUCAUUUACAUGAGAAACAUCCUCAGAAACACGGCUUUCAUCUCCUUUGAAAAUAGUCGUGGUGAGAGAGCAGACCGUUUCAGAAUACAGGAAUGUCUGGCAGCGCGGUGACACUCCCUGCUCAUUCCCCAAACACACAUGCAUACAGACAGACAGACAGACAGGCCGCCCCCUCGCCCAUCCCUCAUUGGGUGUUUGCGAUGUAGCUUAAGAAUAUUUCCUAGAUUUGCACAUAGUUGCGUGUAUGCACAUUGCACAUUAUUUUAUCUAAUAAACAAAACGUGCAAUGACGGUAUGUACGCCUUGUUUUAUUGCCCGCCACCUUCACUUCUCUCCGGGGUGAUCUGAGUUACGGUGUGAUACUUGUUUACUGCCGCCCCGCCCCCUUCUCUCUCUUUUUUAUUAGUACCAGGUCGUGUUGUUUAUUCGGGGCCAUAAAAACUUUUCACAUACACUCUCUCAAGCCUUAACUCGGUGCCCCGCUGAGAUAUAUUAGUUAAUUUGUGUAUUUAUUCCAAAGCUGGUAAACUCGCACGCUCCCCAACACUGCUCAAAACUAGGCUGGUAUAUAAUUUUUGUCAUUAUUCAUAAACUUUGAUGCAUACUGUGGUCAUUAUUCAAAUAGACAGCGUCAUUUGAAUAGUUUGCCCGUAUAACAGUAUUUCAUUGUCAUUAUAAACACUGUUGCGAGAGGAGAGAAGAGGAGAGAGGGCAAGAGUGACGGAGGUAGGAGGGAGAGAGGGAGGGAGCAGCACGGCCUGGAGACCUCUGGCAGCUCAAGGCAAUGCGCUCCUUCUAGAUAAUGAAGAUACAUCACAAGUGGAGCCCAAGACACACGAAAUGUAAGUGUGAUGUAACAGGGCACUAUGCUAUAACCUUCAGGAAGGGUGACAAGCCAUAUAGUGUAAGGUCAUGGCCAGCACCCAGCAGCAGCAGGUAGCAGGUGUGGUGUGGCGUGCAGCAGUGCGAGUAUCGUACCUCGUUUUGUGGCGACGAAACCUGAAGCUGAUAAAAUUGUACGUGAAUAGAUAACCUGCUCAAUAUUGUAAAAAAAAAAAAACUAAUUAAAGGAUGAAUUAU